AUGGGUCAAAGCUCGAGCUUAACCACAGCCAUGGUGGCUGUUCUUCUGGUAAUGAUGUUGGGAUCAGCCUACUCAGGAAACUUCUUCAAUGAGUUCGACCUCACGUGGGGUGACCACAGGGGAAAAAUCUUCAACGGAGGAAACAUGUUGUCUCUCUCUCUGGACAGGGUAUCCGGCUCAGGUUUCAAAUCCAAGAAAGAGUAUUUGUUUGGACGGAUCGAUAUGCAGCUCAAACUCGUCGCCGGAAACUCAGCCGGCACCGUCACUGCUUACUACUUGUCGUCGCAAGGAGCAACACAUGAUGAGAUAGAUUUCGAGUUUCUAGGGAACGAGACAGGUAAGCCUUAUGUUCUUCACACCAAUGUCUUUGCUCAAGGGAAAGGCAACAGAGAACAACAGUUUUAUCUCUGGUUCGACCCAACCAAGAACUUCCACACUUACUCUAUUGUCUGGAGACCACAACACAUCAUAUUCUUGGUGGACAAUUUGCCUAUUAGAGUGUUCAACAACGCAGAGAAGCUUAGUGUUCCUUUCCCAAAGAACCAACCAAUGAGGAUCUACUCGAGUCUGUGGAAUGCAGAUGAUUGGGCCACGAGAGGUGGUCUCGUAAAGACUGACUGGUCCAAGGCUCCUUUCACAGCUUAUUACAGAGGAUUCAACGCUGCGGCUUGCACCGUCUCUUCAGGCUUUGACCCAAAAUUCAAGACUUCUUUAAGUGACAGUGAAUUGCAAACAGAAAAUGAGCUCAAUGCAUAUGGCAGGAGGAGACUCAGAUGGGUGCAGAAAUACUUCAUGAUCUAUAACUAUUGCUCUGAUCUCAAAAGGUUCCCUAGAGGAUUCCCUCCUGAGUGCAAGAUGUCAAGAAUCUAA